UUUCUAUUAUCUACAAAGCAUUCUAAGGAGCAGUAUUUCUUCGACGUCAGAGUCUCACUCGUAACGUGGCCACGCCCUUUUUUUGGUUACUCUGGAAACCAACGAAGUGCAUGAUUGUAGUAAUGAAGCGACAAGCCCCCGGUCUCUGAAUUAGCUGGCUAAGGUUAACAUCAUUUCUACUCAAGGAAAAAAAAAAAAAAACGGCGUCGCUGCUUGCAUGAAGGUAAAAAGAAGCGUGAAUGCGGAAGUCCCGAUACGUUUAUCAACAGGAGUAAAACGCAGAGCAUAGAAAUGGGAAAAGACGCAGAAGAGAUCGAGGCUAAAGAUUUUUCUGAAACCAGAAGACCCAAGGAAAAUGCAAAAGAUGAUGAAAGUGAGGGGCAAGUGGGGGUGGAGGAGGGAAGAAGAGCAGCCCGGAUCCCUCUGUAUCGCUGGGUCAUGCAUGCAGCAGUAAUGUUUGGAAGAGAGUUCUGCUACGCAAUGGAAACUGCGCUGGUGACCCCCGUGCUUCUGCAGAUAGGUCUUCCUGAGCAGUAUUACAGUUUAACCUGGUUCCUUAGUCCUAUUCUGGGUCUGGUCUUCACACCUGUGAUUGGUUCUGCCAGCGAUCGCUGUCGCCUGCGAUGGGGCCGCAGAAGGCCGUUCAUUCUGGCUCUUUGUCUGGGCGUGCUGCUCGGUGUGGCUCUGUUUCUAAAUGGGUCCUUGAUCGGCCUCUCCAUCGGGGACAGUCCAAACAACCAGCCAAUCGGCAUCGUUCUCACGGUUUUAGGCGUGGUGGUGCUGGACUUUUCUGCUGAUGCCUUAGAGGGACCCAUCCGGGCGUACCUUCUCGAUGUGGCAGACACUGAAGAACAGGACAUGGCUUUGAAUAUUCACGGCCUCUCUGCAGGACUCGGAGGAGCCGUGGGCUACAUGUUAGGAGGACUGGACUGGACUGGUACAGCUCUGGGCAAAGCGUUUAAAUCCCAAGAACAAAUUCUUUUCCUUUUCGCUGGAGUCAUCUUCAUAGUUUCAGUCACUCUACACAUGUUCAGCAUUCCGGAGCGGCAUUUUGCUUCAAAAAGGCUGAACAAAACAGGAGACGGGGACGAUACCAGCCAGCUGUCUCUAAAGCCAGCUGGAAGUGUACCUUUGCUUCUAGGUGUAAUCCCAGAAGAAGAGUCUUUUACAGGGGACAUGGAAAGCCAUUCUGACAGAGAGGAAGCAGACUUUCUUGUAAUAGACAAAGUGCGCAGUAAAAGUGAUUCGGUCUUAGCCAUGCCAGAUGCUACAAUUCACCUGGAUCCUGACCUCGACUUGGAGCCACGGGUUUAUUUGCCAAGCACGGACUUUUUACCUGAAAUGCAUUUAGAAGAUGCUUUUAAGCCAUCAGACCACAACCCCGGCCCCUUACCUCCUACGGAUGAACCACCCCACCGCUGUGAUGAGCCUGCAAAUGCAGUUUUAGCCAAACCAAUGGAUCCAGAAAGUGGAGAACCUUCUCUUUGUCAGGACAGCUCUGCUGUGAAGGAUGCACCUGUGGGACAGGAGAUCAAAGCUCUCAACGGUUCUAAUCUUGUCAAAGGCCACACUUCCGCUAAGUUGGGACACCGUACAGCUACUGUGUCCAUUUUAGCGCGGCCUCAUCGACCGACCUUCUACAGACAACCAUCGUUUACAUUCUCCUAUUAUGGAAAAGUAGGACCCCGGCGCUGUCGACUGCGCCACUCAAGACCUUUCAGCCCUCAUCCGAUCACCACAUCCCAGAGUCUGAGUGAUCUGCGAGACAUCCGGAAGCCUCUGUGCCAGAAAGAGCUGCAUCUGUCAGUGAGCACUCUGUCCUCUGAGGGCUCCAGCUCUGAAGGAGGUCCAGAUUUGGGCAGAACUAUCAAACUGCUAUGGCUGUCCAUGUUCAAGAUGCCAAAGCAGCUGUGGAGGCUUUGUGUGUGUCACCUACUGACAUGGUUCUCCAUUAUAGCUGAAGCUGUGUUUUACACCGAUUUCAUGGGACAAGUUGUCUACGAAGGAAAGCCCAUGGCACCGGCUAAUUCCACAGAGCUGCAAAGAUAUCACAAUGGAGUCCAGAUGGGCUGCUGGGGACUGGUGGUCUAUGCUGCUACAGCUGCAGCCUGCUCUGCCAUCCUUCAGAAAUCUCUGGAUAAUUUUGACCUGAGCAUUAAGGUCAUCUACAUCAUUGGAACCUUGAGCUUCUCAGUAGGAACUGCAGUUAUGGCGGUCUUUCCUAAUGUGUAUGUGAGCAUGAUAAUGAUCAGCACCAUGGGCAUCGUCUCCAUGAGUAUCUCCUACUGCCCCUACGCGCUGCUCGGGCAGUACCAUGAAAUCAAAGAGUACAUUACCCACAGUCCAGCUAACACUCGAAGGGGAUUCGGUAUCGACUGUGCCAUAUUAUCCUGCCAGGUAUAUAUCAGUCAGAUACUGGUAGCAUCUGCCCUUGGAUCAGUGGUUGAUGCUGUCAACAGCGUUCGUGUCAUUCCAAUAGUGGCCUCUGGAGGCUCCUUCCUUGGCUUUCUCACUGCCUUAUUUCUGGUCAUUUAUCCUGAUCCUGAGGCUGAAAGCUCUGAGUCGGACCAUAGCUCAGCUAGUUUACCUGCAGAGGAGGACCAGACUGCAGAAAAGACCAAAGAUCAGAGAGCCACAGUGCUGAGCCUCACAGAUGGAGACGGCUUGAAAGGGACAGAGAAUUUUGUUUAAAAUUGUAGGAGACAAGGUUUUUGCUCAACAACUAAAAGAGGAAUGGUGUUCAUGUAAUGACCUGUGCUUUCGAGAAGAACAUGGGAAAGAUACAAAGAAAAACAUUACAGGAAAUAGACGUUCCAAUGUUGAGAAAUCUUAAUGGUGUGCAUUAAGAUUGUGAAAUCAAAAGUAGCAAAUAGAUUUUUGGAAUUCUGUCCAUUCUGAUCUGCUUAGGAUGUUACUACCUCAACUCAAAUACAUACAAAUGUUCAGCUGAAGUUAUUACUACUAGUAAGCCAUUAUAAAAAACUGCCAGAUGGCAGUAAAUAGAUCAAUGCAUGAGACAUUUUGUCUCACUUUGACAGGAUGCAACCAGACAUUCAAACAGAAGCUGCUCCAGAACUGUUGAGGGGACAAUCACAAAACCCUGAGAGCGUUUCUUCUUACCUUAUUCUAUUUCUUUGCUCCUCUUCUGAAAAAAGACUAUAAUAGAAUUUUUUUUGAUAUUAUAGGUGUUUAAAAGCAAAUUCCGCUCAUAAUGCUUGAACUAACACCAGUAAUAUUGCAGCCCAUAUAUAGAGGAAUUUUAGGCAUAGUUUAGGCACAACUAGAAAUCCAAGGAAUUAACUUUUGUAAAAAUUUCUCUCAAACACAUAAAUUACUAAAUCAAUUUAGGAAUAUCUGCCAAAACAUGGACUUUAAAUUCCAAUAUUUUUCAUUGCUUAACUGUGCCUUAAGAGUAAAAAGAAAAGUAUUUGAAAUGCGAUUAUUGUGAAGUCACGUAUUGCCAGUUUAAUUAAGUGAAAUGAGUUGUUAGAAGAAUAUCUUUUUGUUUGUUUUUUUAAAUCCAAAAUAUCUCUCCUUUUUAGUAUAUUUCUGAUGUGCAGCUGUGUUCAUGUGAAAUGUAAAGUUCCAAAAGUAUAGUUUCAUUUCACCCAAAAAGCAAAAAUGGAUGUUUAUGAGAAGGUUCUGACUGUUUAUUAUGCUGUCAUUUCCCAGAAUGCAAGUCACUAAUGAGGUGUUGAAAAUAUAGCAAUCAUCCUGUAAACUCAGUGCCCCCUGAACUGAUAAAAUAGUUCAUGCUGAAUAAAGGUGAUUCCACAUCUAUGCAGGCGAUCAAUGCUAGCUAGACUUUACCUCCACUGUUGCUACGACCAAAUGAGCCUUUAGCCAAACUCAGGAAUCUCCCAGACAGACUUUUAGCUGGAAAACAAUUCUGUUCAGUAAAGAUGAAGUCCAAAUAUGA